AUGGCAUCACGUUGUUCAAAAACAAUUACACAAUAUAAAUUUGAUUUGAUGGCAAUGAUUAUUGCUAUAGCUCAAGAUACAGCUCGUGGUUAUAAUCAAUUGGCAGCCGAUACGAAAGAUAAAUUACGACAACUUGAUAGUGAUCAAGUACAAUCUUCUACUGAACUACUCAUCAAAGCGAUAGAAAUUCGUGGAGAAAAUAUGAAAAAAAGGUGCUCAAGAAUUACUUCAAUAUAA